AGGUGAAAAAGAACAUCCUUAAGGCCCAGCAUCAGAUGGUGGAACAGGCCAACAAGCACCAACGACCUUCACAGUUCGCUGUGGGUGACUUGGUCUCGGUGAAAUCCAAGGAGUUCAUUCCAGAAGAAGGAAUCUCGCAGAAACUGCUACCUGCGUAUAGGGGACCAUGGCAAGUACUAGAUGUCAAGGGAGAGGCUGAUGGUCCGUCCUACACUAGUCUGGCUGGGAGUCCUCAAGCGCUUGUCCCUUUCGUUCUCGCUGAUGUCCUUCGCUGUCGCUUGGGUUCUUGUCCCUCCACUGUCGCUCGCGCCAGGAUGUGUGACGACUACAGAGGGCUCAACAAGAUCAUGAGGAAGUCUACAAAGCCUCUUCCUCGGAUCGAUGAUCUGGUGGAUAUGGUACAAGGUUGUACAUUGUUCAGUAAGAUCGACCUCAAAUCUGGUUAUCACCAGAUUGAGAUGGCAGAAGGCGAUGUUCAUAAGACAACCUUCAGGACUAGGUAUGGUACAUACGAGUAUCUGGUCAUGCCAUUCGGUCUCUGCAAUGCGCGUGGUACAUUCCAAACAGAGAUGCAUCACAUACUGAGGUCUUACCUGGCCAAGUUCGUAGUUGUAUACCUGGAUGAUAUUCUGGUAUUCAGUUGGACUGCCCAGGAGCAUGCGAAGCAUUUGGCUCUUGUCCUCCAAGCUCUACAUGACAACAAGUAUAAGAUCAACAGAGAAAAGUCCUCCUUUGGAGUGACUUUUGUGACUUACUUGGGUCAUGUUAUCUUUGGAGAGAGGUUGGCUCCUGAGGUAACGAAAGUUGCAGCAGUUCAGGAUUGGACGCAACCAGUGAACGUUCGUGAUAUGACAGAGGGCCAUCAGUGGCUACUCGACAACCUUCACGUCGUGCCAAAAGAGAACUGGGGGACAGAUCCUUUUGGUGUCUCGUCUACGAUGGCCUAUUUGCUUGAGCAGAUGGGGUUUGAGCAUAUGGUUGUUCAGAGGGUGCAUUACGAAGUGAAGAAGGCGCUGGCGCAGAGGCGGAGCCUGGAGUUCCUCUGGCAACAGCAUUGGGCUGAAGUCACCCGGCAGCCGAUCUCGAUGAUACUCUGCCAUGUCAUGCCCUUCUACUCUUACGAUGUCCCGCACACCUGCGGCCCGGAUCCGUCCGUAUGCUGCCAGUUUGAUUUCUGGCAUCUGCCGGAGUUCUCUGAUGGAGCCCCGUGUCCUUGGUCGCCGCAGCCUGAACUCAUCGAGGAUGCAAACGUCGAGGAGAGGGCUUUCACUCUUCUUGACCAGUACCGCAAGAAAUCCUUACUCUAUAGAACGAACACAUUGCUCGUUAUGCUGGGAGAUGAUUUCCGGUAUUUGGAUAAAGAGGAGACCGAUCUGCAGUUCAUGAACUACGAAGCUCUGUUCAAGUACAUGAACAAUCGCAGUGCUUGGAACGUUCACGCAUCUUGGGGUACGAUCGGGGAGUAUUUCAGAGCAUUGGAAGCCGAGGCAGGGAGAUCAUUGCACAGGAAGUCGGGAGAUCGGGGAGGAAGACCACCUGCAUUGCCCUCGGAACUGGGCUCCAGGAGAAAAAGGUUGCGGGAGCUGUUUCCCACAAUCGAAGGAGAUUUCUUCACGUACGCUGACAAAGACAACGAGUACUGGAGCGGGUAUUACACCUCUAGACCAUUUUACAAGGCAUUGGUUCGGGUGAUGGAAGAGACGGUCCGUGCUGCGGAGAUCUUGUUCACUUUUGUCAGAGGAGGUGGUCCAACUGCGGCGACUCCUGGUGACAGUAGCGGGCAGUAUGGGGAUUUCCUGUAUGGUUUCUACAGUGCGCUCGUCAGUGCGCGGCGUGCUGUUGCCUUGUUUCAGCAUCAUGAUGCAAUCACAGGAACGUCGAGAGUGAUGGUGGUUUCAGACUAUGGAAAAAGGCUCCACGCCACGUCGAGCAAACUCAAACAGUCAAUGGCAAGAGCUGUGGAGUUGUUGCUUGUCCGUGUCCGAUCGCGAGGAUCGUCACUAGGAGUGUCAGACAGAGCUAAUGGGCAUGAAGGAAGACCGAUGCAAUCGAAUGCAUACGCAACCCAUCGUAAUUCUGACCGGGUUUCACAUACGCUUAGAGCGGAGUUGACCCAGAAAGAGUCGACGAGCCUGCUCAGCAAGGAGCUCAUUGACGUGCAGAAGGACGCUAUGUAUCGAGUUGCGAUCUUCAAUCCGUUAGAAGGGAGCGUUAGCAGAGUCGUGACAUUGAUUGUGUCUACUGCAGGGGCAUGUAUAUUAGAUAAGGAUGGCAAACCGAUGAGAACGCAAGCGAUGCCUGAGUGGGUGCUUGGAGGGUCAAGAGGAGAGACAUCUGGACAUCAACGGAUUAGCUGGCUUGCGGAUGUGCCGGCGAUGGGAAUCGCAACGUACUACGUGAUGGCGUGGAGCUAUGGGGUGUGCUCCCCACCGCAGCGCGCGAGAAUCGAGGUGGUCCAUCCACCAGCUGGUUUCUCAUGCCCUAUCGGUUACCGUUGUGAGACGUUGACGCCUCGGGCCGGCGAUCGGGACGAGGAUGUGGUAAUUUCCAACGCAGACAUGAGGGUCAAAUUCGCGCCUAAAACUGGAAUGAUAAGGUCGAUGCAGUCAGUGGGAGAUGACCGUGAGGCGCAGGUUUCCGAGGCUCUUCUUGUAAUGAAGUCUUCAGGAGGAGCGUAUUUGAUACGGCCUGUAGGUCACGCUCAGCGAAUUUUGCGUGAGGGGGGGGCUAUGUUUGUCCUGAGAGGGUCACUCUCGGAGGAGGUUUACACACAACCGUCAACGAGCCUUCGCCAUGACAACGUUUUGUCGCGCUCUGCGCGACUGUACAAGUCAGGAAGUGCAGCAGUUCAGGCUGCAGUGGUCGAAGUUGAGUACUACUUGAACAUGAAGCCUUGGUCCGGAUUCCUUCGGGAGAACAAAACGAAUUCGACAUCGUCUUACGACGGGGGUGAAGAUGACUAUGAAUCGGAGCGCUCCCGCACCGGCACGGAAGGCCUCCGAAAUGCAGAGUUUCUUUUGCGCUACCAGACCAACCUUAGGAGCGGGAGGAAGUUCUACACUGAUGCCAAUGGAUUUCAAGCAGUGGAAAGGAGGUACAUGACCAAAAUCGCCUUGCAGGGAAACUAUUACCCCAUGACAGCAUACAUGUUUUUGGAAGGCGAUGACGGCACACGUUUCACUGUUCACAGCCGGCAUGCUGUGGCGGCCAGCAGCCCGGUCCGCGGGAGUCUGGAGAUGGUAGUGGACCGUCGAAUGGAGAACGAUGAUGAGAAAGGUUUGCGUCAGGGCCUCAACGACAACCUGCCUCUACUGCUGACUUUCCACUUGCUUGUUGAGAAAAGCGCUGUAGAAAAGAACGGAACGUCUCUGGGAAACCGGACAUCCACUUUGUGGGGACAGCCUUCGUUUCUCUCACACCAAGUGUCCAAGCAUCUGAACCACCCUUUCCAUGUUUUCAUCGGCGAGGAGGAUGUGGACAUGUUUUCGCGGCACGGCAUGUCCAAGACGGGGCUCCGUGGGGACCAGAUCUCUCCGGGGGUGUUCUCGCCACUAAUCCAUGAUUUCCCUCCAGGCAUCCAUGUUGUUUCUCUUAGGGCAAUGGGCAUCAAGGGCUUCGAGCCAAGUACGAGCGAAUCAACGGUUGGAGGCCCAUCCGCCGUAGUAAGAAGUCAAUCGGCAACGGUAAGAGGUCAAUCAGCCGUAAAAAGUCAAUCGACGGUACCGUCAGGUCGAUCGGAGGUAUUGCCUCGAUCGAUGGAACAAGUUCGAUCCAUGCCACAAGGUCUGCAAACGAACCGAUCGACGGAACAAGUUCGAUCCACGCCACAAGGAGGUCUUGAAACAAACCGAUCAACGGAGCGAGUUCGAUCCAUGCCACAAGGUCUUCAAACGAACCGAUCGACGGAACAAGUUCGAUUCAUGUCACAAGUUCUUCAGACGAACCACCAGAUGGCGAUUAUUUUGCAAAGAUAUGGUUGCGAUUGUCGGUACCUUUGGUCGUCAACCGUGAAGGAAACUCCAGCAGAUGAGGUAAAUAGGAUCCCUAACCCUCAUGACAGGAGUGUUCCCGGGUCUUAUGCUAGAGGACCAAUAACUUUGGAACAAAUGUUUGACGGGUUCGAACUCGUCGGACUACAAGAAACAUCGUUGACUCUAUCUGACAGGAAUGCACCAACCGAACAAAAGAAUUCCAGUAGCGUUCCUGGACAUAGUGUUCGUCCAGGUUCGUCACGUGUGGCAGACCAUGGAGGCUACAAUUCCCAAGGGGGGACACAGCAUGCCUCAAGAUUAGAAGAGCAAGAGGAUCGCUCUCGUUCUCACGAGGGUUCUGUAGUGAAGUUGGAACCCAUGCAGCUUAGAGCAUACACCUUUGAGCUAAAGAGGAGGCUCUCCCUGUGAUGUUUCAAAAUGUCAAUUGUUUUCCCGAUCCACCAAUUAAAAAUUCAUCAUAAUACUAGCAAAUGAUUUGACG